AUGCUUCAUACAUCAUCCAAUACAGACAUGCGACAAAACCCUCUCAUCCCUUCACCCCUCCCAACUCCACCGCAUGCAGACGCGUCCGCCUUCAUGCUCGAUUCGCCUGCGAAGCGGCGCAGGUCCAAUUCCUCCAGCGCAAUCGCAGUCAACGCGUCAAACACUGCCCAACAGCCUCAAACCAAUGGCAAUGAUCUUCAACCACCGCAGCGACCAAGUCGUGCAUCCUUCCAGUCGCCAACCAGAGCCAGCCUCGCCCGCUCACACCCCGAUGUUCUCUCCCGAGUCAUGAGUCGUUCGCCUGCAAAAACCGCGCAACUAAGGCCAGUAAGUCGCGGAAGGGAGAAGGGUAGUGGUGUUGGUGGAGGCACAGAAGAUGGAUGGCUUGGAAUCCGUGCAAGUGGGCCGCAGUCGUUGCUUUCUACCUCUGCAAUUGCGACAUCGACUGCGACUGCGACUAUUGUGGCAGACCUCCCUAUUCGCCAGCCAAGCAUAAACCCUUCUUUGUCUCCGCGUCAUAGAUCGAGUGUUCCAGUGCCUCCUGUGGCGCAGCCACUCAGUAAACCCUCUCAACCACCGCGGUUGCCGAUCUCUUCAGAGCCCUGGGCACAAUUUUCCGCGCUACGGCCCGGCACUCGAGCUCAUGAUAACCUGGACAAAGAGUCGGGGCUUGUAAAAGAAGCAUCGGAGGACAUAGUUUCCGGAGAAAGACGUACUCGAUCUUCGUCGUCGCCGGGGCAAUUGAAUGGCGAGCCCGAAUUGCCGCCUACGCCCACCGAGUUGGGUUUAGAGAGGUUGCCUAAUCGCCCGAGAGGGUUAUUGAGCAGCAGUAGUCCGAGUUACCGACAAGAGAAGAAGAGGGAACGAACGCUGAGAGAUGGGGCGAAAAAGCCUAGCCCUCUCAGACCUCGAGAUACAGUACCUGCCGGGGAUGGUGGUGGUAAUGGCGAUGGCGAUGGCAAUGGCGUUAGAUCCCCACACUUUUUAUUUCCUGAGGAAGAGGUCCCAGAUGAGCCGGGGGAAAAGCAGAAGCUGCGCAAUGCGCUUGCCGCGCAGCUCGCUAGGUUGAAAGGGGAUAUCGCAAAGAUAGAAUAUGAAUCUCAACGAUAUGAAAUACCAGAUGAUUAUCCUGCGCCAGAUGAGGAAUCUAUCAGGAAUCUAAUCGAACUUCUAACAACCUCAAACCCUUCAUGCGCACCCCCACCCCCAUCUCCUCCUUUCCUGCCUCCACUUUCGUCUGUCCUCUCGUCCCUUCUACCUUUCUCCUCUGGUCGAUUUAUCCCCUCAAUUGAACUGGCUGCUCCUCCUCCAUCCCCUCCACCAAACAACCCUUUCGCUCUCCAGCAACCAGCAGAUCUAACACCAUACCUCACCCUCUUCGCUCCCCUUUCCCUCACCGCGCAUACCGCUACGACAUCUUCCGCCCGGAAUCUAUCAACCUCGACGCAAGAAACUCACUCAUCUUCUCCCUUAAUUACUCAAACACACCACCUCACUCUAUCCGCCCCCUCUCCAUUUCCUUCCCAUCUCUUCCAAAUCCCUAUAUCCCUUCAAACAAACCCAGAAACACAAACUGUUAUCUCCAUAUCCACUCCAACAGAGCUGCAAUCCACAGAUCCCAAACAGGCUGGCAUAAUCAGUAGUGGUCCUAAUAUCCCUGCACCCCUUUCCUCAUGGUUAACUGCCCGCCUAUCAAACCCUCUUUUGCAACGAGAUAUUUCCGGCCUCUGCUGGGGUGUAUCACGGUACUGGGAAGCCGAUAUAUCCCGCGCGAAGAUCUGGGUGCAACUUGAGGAACUACGUGAUCGAAUAUCAACACAGAAAUCACCCUCCUCUCAACAAGCCAAAUAUAGCAAAACAAAAUCCUAUUCCACCCACACACUCCUCCCACAUCUCGGGCGCACUUCCUUCCUAUUCUCUACCAUCCCACAAAAGCCACGAAGCUCAAUACACCCCUCAACACCAACACCACAACUACUAGUAAUAUGUCCGCUUACAUUGGAUUUAUGGACGAGUGAGCCACAACUUGAGCCGGAUAUCAGCGUUUCUGUGCCUAAGUCAACGUCAGCAUCGUCGUCUAUGGCUUCGAAGAAGGUGGAGAAAGAGGCGAAGAGGGUUUUUGCGAGUUUUAUGAAGAGUGGGGGUGAGAGUGGGAAUAGAAAGAGAAAAGGGGGGCAUGGAUAUGCGGCUGAAAUUGAUGGGGAUGCAGAAUUGCUUGUUAGAGCUGUAGAGGGGGUUGUUUGGGUUGUUUUUGGAGUUGUGUAG